AUGAGAUUAAAGACAAUAUACAAGACCUCUUUACUGGUCGGUGGACUAUUUUUGUAUACUUGCUUCAUUCUGUAUUUAUACGCCGGCUCGAAAGAUCGACCUUCCGACGCGUUGUUGGGAAAGAUGGCAAUUGUUCGUGAGAAGGGAUUGGUGGCAUUAGAGAUGGAGUGGUUGAACCACGUAGCCGCAGGAGACAAAACGGUUCAACAGAUAUCAGGAAACAAAAACCGCCUCGUCGUGAAUAACGUUACCCACGUGCGAGAGAUUUACAAUGACCUUAAAUUUGACAAUCCACCGGGUGGAGUGUGGAAACAGGGCUUUCCCAUUCAAUGCGAGAGAGAAAUGUGGUCCAAGAAGCCACUCGAAGUCUAUAUCGUGCCGCACUCUCACCAUGAUCCAGGAUGGAUCAUGACGAUUGAAGAGUACUUCAUUGCCAAAACCAAACCUUGCUUGGAUUCCACUCUAAUGACUCUUCUGCGCCGUCCUGAGGCGCGGUUCACUUACGCUGAGGUGGUUUUUUUCAGCAUGUGGUUCAAAGAUUUGUCCAGUCUGAAAAAACAGCAAGUAAAGAGUUUGUUAGAGAACGGCCGAUUGGAAAUCUCCACUGGUGGAUGGGUCAUGACGGAUGAGGCUGCUGCCCACUACCACGGUAUGAUUGACCAGCUGAUCGAAGGCCACCACUGGCUGAUACAAACGUUUGGUUACUUGCCCAACACUAGUUGGUCCAUAGAUCCAUUUGGUCAGAGCUCUAGUAUGGCCUAUUUUCUGAACAAAAUGCACCUAUCCGGUGCGGUGAUCAAUCGUGUUCAUUAUGAGAUCAAGCGUUAUUUGGCCGAAGCAAAAGCGUUGGAAUUCAACUGGCGACAAACUUGGGAUCUCACAGGACAUUCCGAAGUACUCACCCACUUGUUGCCUUUCUACUCUUACGAUAUUCCGCACACAUGUGGUCCGAACCCGGCGGUCUGCUGCCAAUUUGACUUCAAGCGCAAGCACCCGUUUGGUUGCCCUUGGAAAAUACAACCUAAACCGAUCAGUCCAGCUAAUGUUGCCGAACGUGCUCGAAUGCUAGGUGAUCAGUAUUGUCAAAAGGCCACUCUCUUUAACAACUCCGGUAUUAUCUUGGUACCGUUGGGUGACGAUUUUCGGUACACCACUGUCGAGGAAUGGGAUAAGCAGUUGGACAAUUACGGAAAGCUGAUCAACUAUUGGAACGCACAUCCUGAGGAAGGAAUUCGAGCACGUUUCGCAACAGUAUCCGACUACUUCGUCGCUCUGCGUAGAAAUUUGAGGGUGUCAUCUUCGCCCACUCCUACCUCCACGAAUUUGCCCCGGCUCAUUGGUGAUCUGUUCACCUACGCAGAUCGAAAUCAAGACUAUUGGAGCGGAUAUUUUACCUCUCGACCUGUUCAGAAGCAGUUGGUGCGAGUUUUGGAGUCGGAACUGAGGGCAGCUGAGAUUCUGUACACGUAUGCACGUCAGUACGUCUCCGCCACCUCUACGCACUCUACCUUGUUGUCAACCAUUGACGAGUUCCACCCCAAGCUAACUGAGGCCCGGCGUAAUGUCGCCCUGUUCCAGCACCACGAUGGGAUAACCGGAACUGCUAAGGAACAUGUGGUGCAGAACUAUCAUGCAAAGCUGCUCUUAGCUCUACACAAUGCUCGCAUCGUCAGCUCUGUGGCUGUUGCGAUCUUACUGCUAACAUUUCCUUCACCAGACAAAAUUUCGCAACCGUCUUCCACUGAAAUCAGCCGCAUAUCACUCGACCGACUGCUUGGGUUAGCGAUUGAACUAAAGCAGUCCGACACAACAGUGCAUCAUCGGGUAUCGUCGUUGGAGGACACCUUCUCAGCCAGCGAACUUCCCGAACCACAAUUGCUCUAUUCACCUUCCCGUGACUCCACCAGUCACGGACUCGGCACUGUGUGUUUAUUCAAUCCAACUUUUCACCGUCGCACUACAUCAACCGUCCUCACUGUUCAACGUGAUCGCACCCCUUUGACUGCAUUGCAAACUGUAUUCGAUCCUCAUAAGGCCUCUUUCACAAACCGUACUCUGCUCAUUCAAGCUGAUCGUGUGGCUGUAAAACAGUCAAACAGCAAACUUCAUCUCUUCGUAGACCGUCUUCGGAUCGGCCCCGUGACCGUGGAACCCAUGGCUUUUACCUGCAUCCACGUCGUAGCGAAUAAAUCCGGCCUCGUGGACUCUUCACUGCCAAUAGACUUCGAGAAAAUUUCACCUAGCCGUGUCGAAAUAACCCUCAAGUCAUCCGAUAUCGAGCUUCGGUUCGAUGGAACCACUGGUUUGCUGAAACGUUUCGUUGACUUGCAUUCCGGGUUGCGUGUGGAUGCCUCGAUCGACUUUGUUUUAUACCGCACCUCGAAAGAUAGUCCUGGCAGUGGGGCGUACUUGUUCGUACCAACCGGACAUGAGGAGGUGAUGACGAUGCCUACACAGCCCUCGAUCCGCGUCCUUCGUGGCCCUCUGACAGAGGAAGUAACUGUCUUCACUCCUCUGGUAAAUCACACCGUUCGUUUGUUUAAGGACGGUCGAUCACCCUCCGCUUCGGUUCAAAUCGAAAACGUUGUGAAUCUGAGUAACCACUCGAACUUAGAGUUAGUGAUGCGUAUUCGGUCCAACGUUUCUACGCCGGAUCGCUCUUUCUACACGGAUUCCAAUUGUUUCCAAUUUAUCAAUCGGACCUACUACGACAAACUACCUGUUCAGGGGAAUCUCUACCCCAUGUCGUGUGCUGCGUUCCUCGAGGGCGAUUGUGCCUCUUGUGAUCCAGGCAUUCGAUCACGUCUCACGUUGCUCUCAUCCUACGCCCUCGGUGUAACCAGUCCUGUAAGCGGUGAGCUCAGGGUGUGGCUGGAUCGCCGCGCACCUCGCGACGACGAUAGAGGUCUGGGCCAGUCACUCAUUGGUCGUUGGUUUGGCUGCUCUCACUUUGUACUAACAAUCGAGCUCGUCAACCGCUCUUCUAUGGACAGCCUGAACUGGGUUCCUCGACUUUCGCUGCCAACCCAGUUCGCUCUGCACGAUUUGCUUCGACCUGUUCUCCGAUUUUCCGUUGACCCCUCUGUUGCACGCUACAUGGCACCUGCUCUCAAUCUUUUUCCACCGAGCACUAACAUCCCCUGUGAUUAUGAACUCAUCAAUUUGAAGACGUUCCUCACUUCAGUUCCCUCUAGUGUCCCUAUCGGUCUGUUGCUUAGAAGGCAUCCCCCUUUCGCUGCCUCGGUUUCGAAACCAACUGUGGCUAAGAUUUGUCAGAAUUUAUCCGGAAGCGCACAACUUUCAGUGAACUCCAUCUUCUUCCCCUUGGGGCUUCAUGAGGCAGCACCGACUCGUCGUAUCACUAUGGUGGUCGAGAAGGACGAACAGCUUCGCUGGAACACGCUGGCAGUGCGCCGUUCAAUGGCCGCCCGUUCAGCCCAGUGGUCCAAGGCAAAGUGCACUACCGAUUUGCCCUUGCUGCAUGAAUCCGUUGAUCCUGUCGCUCUUCACCGUAUGAAACAAGAGUAUUGGCGGAAAAAGCACGGUCAACAUGUGAUGCGUAGAUGGCACAAAGUUGUACUCACCAUACUUAUCGUCAUCUUGGCAGCGUCAUUCAUUCUGAUGGCGAUACUGCUGAUGCAACUGGCCAGCAUUGUGCACUCCAUGCGGCACUUCUUCGCUCUUGUAGCCCAAGCGAAAUCGAAUGCCAACGCAUCGUUGUCCCAAACGGAAACCUAGAAGAACCGUACUGCGUACUCGCGCCUGUCUGUCAUCGUCACGAGCACUCGUGUCCAUUUUGUGAGAUACGCCCUCACAUCCUCAUUACCCGUAUACAAACAAAGAGUGGUGACAUCAGCAAAAAACCUUGAUUAAUCUGUAAAUCGUCGAUAUCCUCUGACAGUGCGAAAAUGACCUUUUCUUUGACAUAUACACUCAGCCCAUUUAAAUGGUCUUAUUUCUCAUUGGUUUACUACUCACCGUGUAUCGAUCUUUCUAUUUCGCAUUAAGAAGAUAAAACUUCAUCUAGCUGUAGAAAGUAUGCGCAUGUGAGUGUAAUCUUUUCAUUAGCCUGCUGUUCACAUGCAAUAUGGAAAAAUAUUGCG